UUCGAGUCACUUGUAUGGCAAUUGCUUUGCUAUAAGCAUCAGUUAGUGGUUGAACAAAAAAUAAAAAUGAAAUUCUAUUUAUUGUUUAUAGGAGUGUUUGGUCAUGGCUGUUUCGGUUUUAAAGAGCUGGUGGUGAGGGUGGAGGGUGGACCUCUGGUAGCUGAGUUGCUGGCCGUCGAGACUGGGCAUAGCUUUAAAGGACCCGUUCUAGGCUUCGAAGACACCUACAUCCUAAUACCAACCGAACACACCGACGAAAUCCUCCCAAAUGAGACCAAAAGGGGCCCUACAACAUACGCAAGAAGCUUAGUGGAAGAUCAAAGGGUUCUUUGGGCGGAACUUCAAGACCACAAGUCAAGAGAAAAAAGGGACUUAAUACCUUUAGACCCUGCCGACGUCCCCAAAGAACGCGUGAAAAGGGUGGGGGAUGAAAUCCUUAAUAACGUAAAACCAAAAAGGUCCAAAAGGUAUAUUCUGAUCAACCAGCAACAAGAUCAGACCUUCAACGACGAGCUGUGGAGCCAACAGUGGUACUUGAAAGAUACCAGAACUAGACUGGACCUCCCCAAACUGGACCUGAACGUUCUUCCUGUAUAUAGGGCUGGCAUUUCCGGAAAGGGUGUUAGAAUAAGCAUUCUGGAUGAUGGAAUCGAGUACACCCAUGACGAUUUAAAAUUAAAUUAUGAUCCAGCCAUCAGCUACAAUUGCAACGACGAGACAACUGACCCAAUGCCCCGGUACGAGGUUACCAAAUCCAACAGUCAUGGCACCAGGUGCGCUGGGGAGGUAGCUAUGAUGGCCGACAACAAGAAGUGCGGCGUAGGGAUCGCUUUUAAUGCUAAAAUAGGUGGAGUUAAAAUGUUAGACGGUCUAGUGACAGACCGGAUCGAAGGAACUGCCUUAAGCUACGCCCAGGACCUGGUGGACAUCUACAGCGCCUCCUGGGGGCCAAACGAUGACGGUAAAACGGUUGAUGGCCCCGGGAGGCUUGCCCAGGAGGCCAUGGAGAGGGGCAUUAAGCACGGUAGAAAGGGUAAAGGCACCAUUUACGUGUGGGCCUCAGGAAAUGGUGGUAGUAAAGGGGACAACUGUAACUGUGACGGCUACCUUGCCAGCCCCUAUACUAUUUCGAUAGGCAGUGCCUCUCAGAGGGGCGAGUUCCCUUGGUAUGGGGAGGCAUGCGCUUCAACCCUGGCCGUCACUUAUAGCAGUGGGGCUUAUAAGGAUCAAAUGAUCGUAAGAGUUAGAGCCACAACCGAUUUGAACAACCGAUGCACCAUCAAGCACACCGGCACUUCCGCUUCUGCGCCCUUGGCCGCCGGGAUAAUCGCGUUGGCCUUGGAAGUCAAUCCGUCUCUGACGUGGAGAGACGUCCAACAUCUGAUAGUCUGGACGUCGGAGUUGGCCCCUUUAACCGAAAACCCCGGGUGGCAAAAAAACGCCGCCGGACUAUGGUUCAAUACGAAAUUCGGUUUUGGACUAAUGAACGCUUUUGGACUGGUUUCCGCGGCUAGUAAUUGGACUACUGUGCCCAAAGCCACGAUUUGUGAGGUUAGGUUUAAAACGACUAACAAUACGAUAGUUUCAUUCGGUAAACCGAGCUUAAUAAGGGCUGCCACAACCGGUUGCGAAGGUACUGACGAUGAACUAAUUUUCCUUGAACACGUUGAGGUUAGAACUACCAUAAGCUACACGUUGAGAGGCGCUUUGGAGGUUGAACUAACCUCACCAGCAGGUACAACAGUCCAAUUAUUGAGUCCUAGGGCUCUGGAUAGGAGCGAUAAGGGUUUCGUGAACUGGACCUUCAUGUCCGUGAUGACCUGGGGUGAACUGGCCAAAGGGGUUUGGACUCUAAAAGUCUCGGAUAAUGUGGGUCCCGAGGGUAACGCGGGCAUAGUAAGCGACACCACCCUUAUAUUGAGAGGCACGAAACAACCCCCUGCCCACAUGGCCAACGGUCCCAGAAACUACAACGAGGAUUACAAUCGGAUUCACAACAGGGUGGAGGGCGUGAACGUUUUUACCGAUCCUAGACUCCUUUUUAAUUUUAACUGGGAAAAUUAUUUGUAAUAAAUGAAAAGCUUAUUAAAAUGUUAA